UGAGAGAAACAGAAAAUGGCUGAUCAGUGUGAUCCGUGUCUGCUGGGACUGAUCAUUCUCUCUUCACUUCUCACAGGUACCAGUGGAGUGGAUGAGAAUGUGUUCAUCAGUUCUGGUGAAAAUGUCCGUCUGCCCUGUAAUAAUGAUCUUUCUGACUGCAAAUCAACUACAUGGAGCUACAACAGAUCCAGACAUUCAACUGCAGUUGAACUGAUUACUGGAGGGAAAAUGAAGAAAGACACAGAGAGACAUGAGAGACUGAGUCUGGGGUCUGACUGCUCUCUGAACAUCAAGAACGUCACAGAAGAAGAUUAUGGAUUAUACACCUGCCAACAAUGGACAGGUCCAGACGGACAUCAACAACAACAAGGAACUGAUGCAUGUGUUUAUCUGCAUGUUCUUCAUGUUUCAGUGUCUCCAUCAUCAUCAUCAUCAUCAUCAUCAUCCUCACAGACUGAGAUCAGUCCAGGUCGCUCUGUGACUCUCUCCUGUCAGUUGUAUUUAUAUGAUGGAUUCUCCUGUGAUUAUUGGAUCCGUUCUGAGGGACUUCAGCUGUUGUGGGUGAAUCAGGCUGGUGUUGAUCUGAAGACAGACUCCAGAUAUCAGAUAUUAUUCUCAUCAGAUCACUGUAUCAUCACUCUGACUACAACACUCCUGAAUGAAGAUGACAACAGAGAGUGGAGAUGUCAGCUUACUCUCAGAAAUCAACUCCAGACCUCAGUCAGAUACACUGUCAAGUAUUCAGUCAGCAGCUCAAACUCUGAAAAGAAAUCAAGCCAAACUACAGCAGCAGCUCCUACACAAGAGAAUCAGAAGAUCCCAACCUCUCUAGUGAUUGUGAUUGUUGUCGCUUCAUUCGCUGUUCUCCUUCCUGCUCUUAUUCUCUGGAUGAUUCGCAGAAAAAGAGACGAUAACAGAAGAGGAACUGAUGACUCUGAGGAUCAAACACGACCUGUCUAUCCAACAGGACAGAACACUCUUCCUCAACAGGAGCAGACAGAUGAUCAUGUGACUUAUUCUGAGGUCACUGCGUACAGUAAAAACCAAGACCAAAAGAAGAAGGUUCGCUGUGAUGAUAAAGUGACUUAUGCUUCCAUCAGAGGAGCAAAAGCUGGAUCUCAGGAAAACUGCAGUGAACUUUAUGCCUCUGUGAACAAGAACCAUCACAAUUCAGUCAAAUAAUGACACAAAAACCACAUGAGCAGAAGAAUAUGAAUCUAAUAGAACUGAGUCCUAAUGGUGUCAUUCAGUGCCAUUAUAAAUACUUUCAAUGUCUUUUACAUGUUCACAAACAAACCCAAGUGAUGCUCUGA